AUCUAGUUCUUUUUGAGCCUGCUGUUUGGUUUUGGUCAGUCAAGUAUAUAACAGGUGUUCCAAUUCUGCAGACUUAACUAAUGAUGAAAUUAACUGGUUUAAACAAAGUCCUGGCGGCGUAUUACUUUAAAAUCGAAUCUUAUUUGUUUGGUAACCAUGGAAAUUCCAUUUAGGACGACAUUUAGAACCAAAGCUGUUACAGAACAGUGUUUCCUGUAGUGUGUUGUCUUAUCUUAACUACAGAUAGGAAGGGGGUAUUUACAAAAAAUAAAAAUAAAAAUCCUAAAAAAAACCCCACAACUGUCCUUACUUAAAUUAUUUGAAGGCUAACGGAAAACCCGCUUACAAUUGCGCUGUCCAACAAUGGUAUUACAUUUAUUGAUAAUUGAAAAUGAAGAACGGAGACGUUUAACGGUGGAAAGACUCUUGGAGGAUCCGGAAGAUUUUGAUGACAAAACACUUAAAACAGACUGCCGCGCAACAUAUAGCCUAUUACAGUUAGCACAGGAACUGUAACUAGCAUUACAGAGACCAUUAAAGCGUCACGGAGCAUUAAAAGUUAUAGCGCAAGUGACUAAUGCUUUACAGAUUUUGCAAAAGGCGAUUUUCAAAGUGAAGUAGCUUCUGUUAUUUUGUUUACCUCAUCAGCAGCAGCUCGCGCAGUGUUGGUCGCUUGGUAACAGACCUGAGAGUGGAUUGUCGAACUUGAUAAUGGAAUUUAAGACUUCCUAACUAGAGAUGAGAUCCUAAUUUAACAUCUUAAGUUAAGACCUAAUAUAUUUUAGAUAUUUGUCCCUUCAUGGUUUUGCAUUUUGCAGUGUUUUUGUAAUUGUACAUAAAAAUCACAAUAUUAUAACAUUUAUUGCAAAAAGUGCACUUUUUUUUCAUCAGGAUUGUCAGGAACAUGGUGAGAAUCCUGGAUAAUUUGUUUGAUCUGAAAGAGACCAGGUUUGGUCAGCCACAUCCCAGACAUGGUCUGAAUCUGUUGUGGUGGUUUGCUCAUGAUUGUGUUCAGAUUGACUCCAAUGGCAACAUGACUGCAAAGUGCAACCCUGCGAACGGAGCAUUUGGCUUUCAUCAAUUCUUUAAUAAGGAAAGACUUCUUCCUAAAAUUGAUCUACCAUACUAUGAGGUGGGCAACCUGCACAAUCCUGGAUCACUGCCUCAUUAUGUCACAAGAAGUUACACAGGACAGUCGGACAACAGCAACAAAGAUCGCAUCAUUGUGUCCUUUGACUCAAGAUGGAAAAGAUUUAAGAAGAUUUAUGUGACGCAGCACUCAGAUCAGGUGCGAUUUGACCAGAAUCACACCUACUGUAUUAGCAUUGAUCUUCUGAGGAUCAUUCAAGGAUUGAGCCACAACCACUUCCUCAGAGAACCCACCAAUGGUUCUGGACGUGUAUCCAUAAGCAUACCUCAGUCAGUGCAGACUAAAACCUUUCAAAGUAGGCCUGCUAGCAAUGAACUCAUGAAGAACUUUCAAGAGUUGAGUCGUAUACACUUCCACAGAGAACCCACCAAUGGUUCUGAAAGUGUAUCCAUAAGCAUACCUCAGUCAGUGCAGACUAAAACCUUUCAAAGUAGGCCUGCUAGCAAUGAACUCAUGAAGAACUUUCAAGAGUUGAGUCGUAUACACUUCCACAGAGAACCCACCAAUGGUUCUGAAAGUGUAUCCAUAAGCAUACCUCAGUCGGUGCGGACGAACACCUUUCAGAGUAGGCUUACUAGCAAUGAACUCAUGAAGAACUUUCAAGAGUUGAGUCAUAUAGACCUCCACAGAGAACCCACCGAUGGUUCUGGACGUGUGCAAGACAACCAGACAAACACCGAUCAGAGUGAGAAAUGCUGGAGUGUGCUGAUUUGCUGCGUUGUGCUGAUGCUGCUCGCUGCUGCUGUCUAUUUUUUGUUUAAAAUUAUAUAGUUUUCAUCAGCUGCUGUUUGUUAUAUAAAUUAUUGCUUAUUUAAAUUAAAUGUAACAUUUAUAAUAUCAUUGUCUUGAUUUAUAGUAAUUUCUUUUUGUGCUUAUUCUUUGAAAUAUAUUCUUUGUAUUACCUUGUGUAGAAUAAAAAAAAAAAAAAAACAUUGACUUGUGUUU